GGAGCAGGUCGGCUCCCGGCGUGCAGCGCGCCCGCUUGGUGUGCUGGACGUGGUGGGAAGAGCGUCCCGGAAGGCGGAAGUGCGGGGGCUUCUGGUCGGCGUGAACUGCGUGAGGUCUGAGUUUCCGAACCGUCUCAGGUAAGAUAUGGCUAAAAGCUUACGUAGUAAGUGGAAAAGGAAGAUGCGUGCUGAAAAGAGAAAAAAGAAUGCCCCAAAGGAGCUCAGCCGACUUAAAAGUAUUCUUAAAGUAGACAGUGAUAUUUUAAUGAAAGAUGUUCAAGAGGUAGCAACUGUGGUGGUACCUAAACAUUGUCAAGAAACAACCCAGUGUGUGGUGAAAGAUGAAAAAGGUUUUGUAGUAGUGGAGAAGACCAGAGUUUUCAGCAUAUGAAAGUGUUGUUGCAGCAGACACAUAGCCGUAUCACAAGGAAAUGUUCAGGAGGAGUGGGGACCUUUUACGUACUCAUGCUAGGUCAAAGGCCACUCUGCUGUUGCCAAGGCCCUAACAGGCAGCAGGAGGACCAGGGCUAGUUUUGUGCCUGCUCACCAAAAACCCCUAAAUUUUAUGUAGUUGAGUGCCAAUUUGCACCUAUUUUAGACCAGGAGAAAAAUAUUAUGUCAAAUAAGACUCACUUGGUGAAAUAAUAGUAAUAACUACCAACAUUCAGUGAAUGCUAUGUGUUAAUACUUGACCUAUAUUUCAUUUAAUCCUUAAAACAAUGCUGUGGGACCAAUACCCUUUAUUCUUUUGUUUUAUUUAUUUGUUAUUAAGUAAAUGUAAUCAUUUAUGUGCAGAUGAGGAAACAGCUUUGAAGAGGCAAGUAAAUUUGUCCAAAGUCAUGUAACUUAAGUGUGGGCAAGGGUGUCCCAGGGUGUAAAAUGAAAGCCUCUCAUGGGAAUCUUUGGAGAUACAGAUUUUGAUUCGAUCUAAGGAAGAACCUUCUGACUAAGAUGUUGGGAGGUGGAAUAGGCAGGCUUGGGAGUACUACCCUGUCAAAUGAAGGCUGGACAGCCACUUGUAGGUAGCAGGAUGGAUUCAAACCUUCUACUUGAAAUUUGGGUGGAAAACUGCUGAAGUCCUUUCUAGCUAAGAAAAUGCCUUGCAGGAAUUUGUCAUGUCCGAAAUGUAUUGUGCUUAUUUUGCCCUGACAGUCUUUUGGCACUACAUGAUUGCAGACAUAAGUAUCUUUUUGGUGGAAAUAACAAAAUCUGAAAUCUCCUUAAAUUUGUUAAUGUUAAGUCUGGUAUUCAUUCCACUAAGUUCCACUUUAAAGUAUGCAAAAUGUUAUAAACAUCUGCUUUAAACAAUGAAUGGCGUAAAGUCCUUUGCAUUUUAAUUUAAAGAAUGGCACGGUUUUAUAAUACAUUUAUUUUAAAACAUGCAGAAUGUAUUGAAUUUUCUAAAGUGAUGGCUUGUCUUGGCAUUAUGCUAUCUUAUGAAACACUUUCUCACUCUCACAAUGUGUCUGUAUAGUUUUCAAUAUCAGCAAAACCUUUAAAUAUUAGUUGGGUGUUGUGUAUCGUUGUAUGGUGACUGCUAGUACAUAUGGUAUUUCUGAUCCAUGUAAUAAAGUACAUUUGUCAUGUAUCUUGUGAUCUGCAUAACCUCUCAACUGUUACUUCAUAAAUCUGCUCUAUCAGAGAACUGCUUUGUACAGCAGUGGUUGAAGCUGCUUUUAAUAAACUAAUAUUUUGUGUCUUUUAUAUGUAA